AUGGUUCAACGACUGCAAAGCGCCCUGGUCGGCACCCCAGACGGGAGCAUUCGUCUCUCCAAGACAGAGCCAAUCCCUGAUAUCGCAGGUGAUUCAGUCCUGAUCAAAACAAAAGCUCUAUCAGUAAAUCCCGUCGAUACAAAGAUGAUCGGGCCAUACGUCACGUCAGGCGCAGUCGCGGGCUUUGAUUUUGCAGGUGUCGUAGAAAAGGUCGGUCCUGAAGCUACAAAGUGCGAUAUCCACGUUGGAGAUCGAGUUUGUACUGCUGCCAUGGGGAUGAACCCUCUGGACCCUCACGUUGGUGCUUUUGCCGAGUACACAGCUUCCGUGGAGUGGAUUCUGUUGAAGAUUCCGCCCCAUCUUAGCUUUGAGGAGGGUGCGUCUCUGGGCAUUAGCUUCAUGACUACCGGUCUGGCUUUGUUUAAGAGUCUGGGUUUACCCGGCAAUCCUCUUGAACCGACAACCGAGCCCAUACCUGUCUUGGUGUACGGGGGCUCAUCAGCUACGGGCACUGCCGCAGUUCAGCUCGUCAAACUAGCAGGCUUUGAACCCAUCGCAACAUGCUCACCCCGAAACUUUGACCUCGUCAAGUCAUACGGCGCCAGCGCUGUCUUUGACUACCAAGACCCCAACUGCACCGCAGACAUCAGAAAGCAUACCAAGAACAAGAUCAAGUAUGCUCUAGACUGCAUCUCCACCACGUCAAGCAUGCAGUUCUGCUACCAGGCCAUUGGUCGCGCUGGCGGUAAAUACACUGCUCUGGAGCCAUACUCUGAAGCUGUGGCGCGAACGCGCAAGGUUGUCAAGCCAGACUGGAUCAUGGGGCCGCAGAUGUUGGGUAAGGAGAUUCGUUGGCCGGAGCCUCAUUGGAGACCUGCUAGUGCUGAGAUGGGAGAAUUUGGUGUUUACUGGACGGCUGUUCUACGGAAGUUGCUUGAUAAUGGGUUGAUAAGACCUCAUCCGAUUGUUGUGAAGCAAGGUGGACUCCCCGAGGUCCUUGGUGGUAUUGAAGAUAUCAGGGAGAAGAGGAUUUCUGGAAAGAAACUUGUAUUCCAAAUGGAGACUUGA